CCCAUAGCCCUGUCCCCUCAAAAUUUCAUAAACUAGUCAAAGGAAAUAAGCUAGACACCGCGGUAAAGGCAGGAUAUAUGUUUUAACCCUCAAUAUGUCAAAAGGAAAGAUGUGUUUUGUUAAAUACUUUACCACACGUGAAAUGCCAAACCAUUAGAUGUUAUACAGCAUUAUUGCUGCCACGUCCUGUCAAACUUGUACCAUUUCAGUCAGGCUUCAGUUCAAUUCGGUUAGCUAAGAAGUGCUUUCAAAUUAUAUGAAAUUGUACUAAAAUGUAUGAAGUUUUCACUCUUUUGUAAAAUUGUUCAUUUGAAUUAAAAACGAUAACACUUGCAAGCGGAAUAAUGACUUAGAUUGCAAAAUUAUUGGUAUUAUAGCUGCAUAGUGUUUACAAAAUAUGUCCAAUUUAACAGCAACCCAACAUCAAAGUUUAAAGCCGUUGUUGUGUAUAAAAAGGCUCUAAUAUAGCACCAAUAAAAACAAACCAACAGAUGAGACACAAGUUUAAUUUGUUUUACACAAUGAAAUAGCUAAAUGAAACGAAACUCAAUGGUAACCAGAAUGACUGCUAAUGUAUAUUAAGUAUCACAUGGAUUAAUUGAUUUAUUUUCGACGUCGAGGGAGUGUGCUGAGAAAGUGUUCCUGACAUUCUGAUGUCUGUGGUUAGGCCCCUGCCUUCGUUUGCUGGAGAACAGGCUGGCUCCCAAAAGAUUGUCUUAUCAAGGGUUGACAUAACUGUUCGCAAAGCCAGUUGAUAGGACAAAUGCAGCCCAAAGAAACUUCAUGUCCAGUGACACAAAAAAUGACAUUUGGAGCACAUGGGAAAUGUGAGAGUCUCAAACAAGAUAUAUUCUGAAGAUUAAUGUCAAUUUUUUUAGUUUCGGUGACAUCAUCCUCAUUUACGGGGGUCUGUCCUGAAUGUGUUCAGCAAUCAACGGUGUACUUCCCCUGAGGCUCAGUUGUGAGGGACUGGCAAACCCUGGAAGACUGCAUGGGGAGGUGUCCACCAAUGUCACUGGAUUCAGGGCACAACGUUCCCCCCAACAUUUGGAUAUGGACUUGGCCUGGCAGGAACUGAUGGCCAUCACAGAACUUCAGGAGUUUGAGGUACCCAAUGAGAAUCCCUUUGAAGCUAUUCCAUACCUGUCCAUGGAGCCCAUGGUUUCUCAAGGUGGGUUCGGGAUGAGUCAACCGCAACCAGAAUCCAUUCCAGCCAGUUGUGAUGCUCAUCCUGCUGCGGUCUAUGAAAAUGCAUACCCGGAUAUGAUGCCACCCUAUCAGCGUUUAAACCCACACAUGGAUAUGCACUACAGCCUCCCUGUCCCCGGCGGCCACGGUUCCUCCAGAAUGCUUACGAGUACGCAAGCUUUUCAUCCACCUCUCAUGAGUCUUUUGGAGCACAUGAACAUGACAACACGCAGUCAUGGUAUUGCGAAAGAUGGGGUUAUCAACCUUCAUUGCACAGGACAGAUCAAACAGGCUUGCACAGAUGAUCUGGAGUCAGAUUCUGGUUUGUCACUUGGUUCAAGCCCACCGCUUGCCUCUCCUGAGAAUGUGGUGCAUGGAGUACCUUCGUACUUACCUGCAGAUGUAAUGAUGGGUUAUGCUGAAAGCGAGAGUAUUGGGGAACAAUGUCGCAUGCGGCAGAGUUUGCUUGGGUCUGUGGACUACCACCAGUCUUACAGUUCAUUCCCUGGAACUUCUUUUCCCACAACUGCAAAUAUGCAACCAGUCAACCAACAGACUUACCAACCAAUUGCAUCAGUGAAGCAACCGGUUUUACCCACAGCCCUGCAUGAUCUGCAAUUGAACAGCUCAGGUUUAACAAGACUGGGUUCAUAUCAAUCCAUGUACCAAAAACCAAAAUCGAGCAGCGUUUCUGUACCCCUGAGCAGAGAUGAGAGGCGAGCUCUUGCUCUCAAAAUCCCAUUCGCGCUGGACAAGAUUGUGAAUCUACCAGUGGAUGACUUCAAUGAGCUCUUGACCCAAUUCACACUGAACGACGCUCAACUGGCACUUGUGAGGGACAUUCGCAGACGAGGGAAGAACAAAGUUGCAGCUCAGAACUGCCGCAAGCGGAAGUUGGAGAAUAUUGUGCAUUUAGAAAAUGAGUUGGGACAGCUUCAAGCCCAAAGAGAACAUUUAACCAGAGAGAGACUGGAGUUUCAGCAAAACCUAGCAGUCAUCAAAUGUCGGCUCUCAGAUCUUUACACCCAAGUGUUUUCACAACUACGUGAUGAAGAGGGACACCCUUUUUCAGUUGAUGAGUAUUUACUACAACUAACUAAUGAUGGCAACGUUUACUUGGUGCCUCGGAAUACAGCCCUGGAGGGUGAAUGAACUGAUGUGCAUUUAGAAAAAUCUAAGUCACCCAUAGAUGGACAACUAAACUUUUGAGUUUCCUACACUUGACCACUUACUUGUAAUCAUUUGUCAUUAAAAAAAAAAAAUAAAAGACUAAUUUCUAGCCAAAGAAGUUUAGGACAGAACUACAAAAUGUGUAACUACAAAAAAUUAUGAAGAGCUUUUAAGAUUAAGGCAAUUUCAAAACUUUUAUGCAUGAUGCUGUAGGUGAUGUUAAAAAAAAAACCUGUACAUCGAUUUAAAACCUAGAAUCAGUAUUAUGUACAACAAACACAUGCUUUAAGUAAAUGGGUUCUACACAAGGCAAGUCAUUUGUAGCAUUAAAAUUUUAUUGGUAAAAAACACAGGUAAUAAAAAUAAAAAAACUCUUCAGCUGCAUUUUGGUCCUAGAAAAGAGAACAAGUUUGAGGUUUAGAAUAUUGUAAACAAGAUGAAUACUGCAUUACAAGAGCAAGUACCUUUUAUCAUUUCACCAGUUUAUACAAAUGCCUUUUCAUUUCAAGAGAGGAUUUCCACUCAUCAGAACCUGAAAAAGCAAGAGUAACAUGGUCAGCACAUUAAAUAUAGAACAAGGAAAACACACAAGUGGGCAUGCAUUAAAAGGGUUUAAGGUCUACAAAAUCUUGUGCACCAAACUAUGCUGACUUCAGUUACUUCCCCUGUAAUACACAACACUGAAUGGGAAGUUCACAUUAACUGUACAGCUUCUGCUAAUAAAAUGUCUUACAGUUA